UCAGGCCGUUCAGUGUUAACCGUCGUGAUUUUCCCGCGCGCGAUCCUAACCUGUUGCGUUAACAGUUGUCAACGGCAGACGAGUCUUGGAAACAUUCGUAUUUUUCAUUGUUUUUUAUUUGUUUAUUUAUAGUUAUUAGUCCUUUCUUUCAGCAUUCGUAUUUUGUGGUCUAUAAGUGUCGUGGAACUUUCCGGAGGGGGUUUUUACCUCAGUGAAAAGCUACACGCGAACAUAUCCAAUUUGUCCACCCCCGUCGUAUUAGGAAAUUAUCAUGACAUGAUAAUAUAUGUUGAUGAUAAUAAAUGAAUGGUGUACACAACUAAUCAGUCAUGAGUGAUUAUAUUUCUGCUGAGCUCGCAGCCACAUGUGCAGCCCUUGGAUACUCUGAUGGAGUAGUCUACCGACUGGACAGUGGAGCUCAGAAUGUGAUAAAGGAUCUUAUAAAAUAUUUGAAGAGAGAUGACGAUUCUCAUACUGUUCGUCGUUACUUGGGACAGUCCAAGCUGCUUCAGACCGAUUUAGCCCAGAUUGCCAUUCAGCACACGAAGAACACAGAAUUCUGGGAUGUUUUGCUGAGAUUGAUAAUAAAUCUGACAAGCCCAGUUUUGAUGCUAUUCAAUGACAUUCUUCCCACUGAAAAAACAAGUCGUAACAUCUACCUUCAGUUGAUCAGCCAUCUUCAAGGGUACAAGAAGGCAUUGGCAAAUGAACAAUUUUGGGGGGUCGUUAGUAAUCGCCUCAGUACUAUUCUCAGAAUCGAAAACACCGACAGAGGGGAAGAGAAUGAAUUAAUCGUCGAGAGAAUUCUCACAUUAUGUAGAAACGUCAUUCAAAUACCACCCGAUGACAACGAACAACGAGGGGAUAAUGACGCAACUGUUCACGAUGAGCUGUUAUUCGCUUUUCAUUCUUCUGGAAUUGUUGAUUUACUCUUGUUCAUUGCCAGUAACAGCAGUGAGCAGCAGUAUCACAUUCAAAUACUCGAGAUUAUUGCAUUGAUGUUACGUGAACAAAAUGCUACCAAGCUCGCUUCGGUUGGAUUGCAACGUAGUGCAGCAGAGAAGGAAGGAGAGGAAGCACAAUUAUUGGCAAUAAGACGUAAAGAAAUAAUUGAGAAAUUGGAGAAGGUGAAGAAGUACUCUGGAUCUAGACACUCGAGAUUCGGUGGCACCUUCGUGGUUCAAAAUAUGAAAGCAAUCGGAGAGAAGCAAUUGAUUUGCCACAAGCCAUUUGAAAAAAUUGAAGCUCUCGAGUUUGCUCGUGAUAAAAAAAAACUGAAGAAACCGAAGAAUAAAAUUCUCAUUGAGACAGCUUCAGAGGAACGAACAUCUGCUCUCACUGUACGUUUAUUCCUCAAAGAAUUCUGCGUAGAAUUCUUAAAUGGAGCUUACAAUCCUGUAAUGAGAUACGCCAAGUCUUGCAUAAUUGGUGGAACCCAUUCAGCAGCAGCUGAUGCAAGCCAUUAUCUCUGGGCAAUGCGUUUCUUCAUGGAGUUCAACCGUAAUUACAAGUUCCAGGUCAAGCUUGUUAGUGAGACUAUUUCCACUGAGAUGUUUUAUUUUGUACAACGUCAAAUGCAAGAAUACUACGAAUACAUGACACUAGACAAACCCAAAAUUCCUUAUUGGUCGAGGCGCUUGCAUUUGGCACUGAAAGCUUAUCAGGAGCUGCUACACACUGUUCUCGCCAUGGAUAAAACGGCAGACAAAGGUAUACGGGAUUCAAGCAAAGUCAUUAAGAGUAACGUAUUUUACGUUCCGGAAUAUCGGGAAACGAUACUCUCUCAACUUCUGUGCUACGACAGACUUAAAAUGUCACGAUCUUACCUCGCUGAUCUGGUUACCACUGCCCACAUAUUCUUGAAAAUGUUGGAGCAAUUCGUAACUCAGACUCGAAGUUUAGUUGUGGCAAAGGCAAAGCGAAAGUCUCGGGGGAAAAAGGGGAAAAAAUCCAACAAAGAGCCAGCGAAAGUAUUGCAGAGUCUUGAGGAGAGAUGGGAAAGUGCCGGACAAGAAUUAUCAGCAGUUAUGCAAGAUGGAAUUAUUCCCACUGUCGUUCCCUUUGAUGCCACCUUGGACACUCCGAUUGAAGAACAAAAGGCCGAUGCGAUGAAGAGAAUUCAGAAGCUGCUGCGCAAAAAGGACUUCGAGGAGGCGAUAGGUCUUCUGCGAUCUGCUAGGGAAAUCUGGCCGGAGAACGACUUUUUUGGUGCACCGGGGAUGGCCGUUGAAGAGGAGUUCUUAGCGCUUCGGGAGAUAUUCCAUGCUGAUCUCGGUGUGGUUGAGGAAGCUGAGGAAAAACCGGAGGAGAACGACGAAGAGAACGUUGAGAGCUUUUUGAAUAAUGAAAAGGAUGAGACCAAUGACGAGUUCGACGAGGAAGAGCAGGCUGAGGUAGACACGCAGUAUGAGGAAACGAAUUUCAAUUUUGAUGAGUUCUUGCGAAGAUUUGCUAAUGUGAGAGUCGUGAAAGCCCUGGCUAUCCUUUUAUCUCACUUUGAGGAAAAUCCCGCUGACAUCAAUCAUUAUGUGGUAAAAAUGCUGCACAGAAUUUCCUGGGACUCGAAAAUGCCGGCUAUGAUUUUCCAAGCUUCGAUCUUCAGGACUUUCCAGAAAAUUUUGGACUCCAAGUAUGGAGAGCACAAGGAGUUGCAGAAGUUUGCCAUCUUCAUAAUUCGUCGUUUCGCUGAAACUGCCGGAAAAAACCGGAAGGCGUACAUGGAGCUACUCUUCUGGAAGAAUACUCGCGAAGCAACUGAGAUGUUGGAUGGCUAUGACGUUGAAGUUGGAAAUAAUAAAGUUUCCAGUGCCGUAUGGACAGAAGUAGAAGAGGAUGAAUUACGCACUUUGUUCAUGGAGCAUCAAACUAAUAAGUACACUCAAGAUUUAGUCGAUUGGAUUUUGGAGAACCUCAUCAGUGAUAAUCGCACAAGACGUGGAGUGAUAAAGAAACUCAAGGAGCUCCACUUGAUUGUAAAUUCCAAGAGAGUAAGAAGUGAAAUACAGAAACGUCUACCCAAGGAAUGGGGAGAGGAAGAAAUUGCACAACUGACGGAGAUGUGGGACAAAGUGAAGGAUGAUGACGAUCCAGUUGAACUCAUUCACGAUGGCUUGAGGAUAAAACGACCAAAGCCUAAAAUAAAAGAGAAACUUUUGGAGUUGGGAUUGGUUCAGGACAUAAAGGAGCUUCGGAAGAAACGCAAGAAGAAGAAGAGCGGCGAGGUAAAAGCAUCGUGGGAACAUCAAUCGUCUAGCGAGAAAUCUGAUAGUGAUGAUUCUGAUAGCGAGAUUAUCGGGAAGGAUUCAAAGAGUGGAGCCAACUCAAAGGUAAAGAAGAAUCAGAAAAAGAAGACGGAUAAGAAGAAGAAGAAACCAGCAGUGGUUUAUACAGACGCCCAAUUAACUGGACUUCUCAAGGAUGUUAUCAACAAGAACAUGACAGAAGCUUUGGAAUGGGUAGUGGAAUCCUUGGAAGACGCUGUUGAGGACAGAGAUGAGGAAAGUAUUGAAGGUAUUGCACUUGUACCCCUGGAUGAUUAUUCAUCAGCUGCAAUGGAUUCACCAAGUUUUCAGCGUUUAUUACGAGCCAUUGGAGUAGAGCCACCGGCUGAUGAGCAAGAAGCUUAUUGGAGAAUACCAUCGCACAUGAUGUCAGCCACCAUACAAAAGCGUUGCGACCUAAUUAAAAAUGGACUCAAUGGGAUAUUCGUGAAUGAAGAUAUUCUACCGACUAUCGAUUCUGAUAGCGAUGGAGCGGCAGGUGAGGAGGAGGGAGGAACACUAGAUUUGGAGGAAAUUAAGAAGAUGUUCAAGGAGGAUGAAUCACAGUCAACAGGUCAACGCUCUCAAAUUAUUGACUCAAUGAAUAAAGACGACUCCAGCAAUGACGAGGAUUUGCCUUCAGUGAAAAUUAAUAUUAAAGGCUCAACAAGUCAAUCAACUGCUGAAUCUAAUUCCAGCGAUUUCACCCGUAAUAAAGGAAAGAAGUCGAAACGAAUUAGGAGUCGAGUUUUGAUGGAAGACGAUUCAUCAGCUUCAGAUACGGAGACGGAAAUUACUGGAGGAAAUGCCACAGAUGAAGCUAAGAGACUUCGCUCUGACAAUUCUGACCUGGAGGAUACGCCAACACUGAAGAAACGUCGUAUUAUUGGCAGUGACGAAGAGGACACCGUGGGAACUACUUCGGAGCAGCGGAAGACUAAGCAAGGAAGCAAAAUCAUCAGCGACGACGAAGAUUAAUGCUGUCAACUUUUCUCAUUAUUUGUGUGUGCUUGAACUAUUUUGUAAUCACUUCAGUAAAUAUUGCUCAAUAAAUAACAACCUUUUUCAUGAAUCAAUAAUAUGCUAUUUUGUCAAUAUGAAUUCCAUGUUCGGAAUGUAUGACCGCACCAAAAAUCUAUAAAACAUAAUGGAAAUCGAUAAAAAAAAAGUGAUUUUUAAUGGUCAGAUGUACAGUAUAUCAAUGAUUUUUAAUGAAAUCAAUGAGAAGUAAUGGCGGACAUGAGGCUAUAUUACUCGUAUUUUUUCAUUAUUGUGUUGACCGGCUUAAUUAUUGUACGCCAUUC